AACUUGUAAGACAAUAUUAUUCUAAUCUAGAUCUAGACUAGAUGAUAGAUCUAGAUCUAUAUCUAGAUUCUAGAUCUAUAUAAUAAAUCUGGAGGCCAAUACGGAGCUACAACAAUCCAAAUGCGAAAAAUCCCACUAAGACGUCACUAAGAAAGUGGAUAAUACCAAGGGAAUUCUUAUCUUAUAUAAUACAGACAUUACUUCAAAAAAGAUGGAGAGUCAUGAGUCUUUAUCUUCUGGCUGGAAAAUUGAAGAACCAGAGGAAGGGAAAUAUAACUUCAGUGAUGAGAGAGGUGCAUGGCAGCCCAGACCAGAAGAUAUCAUGAUGAUAUUGGAUAAACUUGAACAAGCUAAAGGGGGGCCAUUGCCCAUUAAAUGGAUCUGUCCAGGUCGCAGAGCUCCUGACAAACAAUAUAAACAAGAUAACAGGGCAGAGGAUCAAGCAGACAAAGAUGGAGAAGAUUCAAGACCAGAAGAGCUAAGAGCACCUGAAGCCAGUGCCUUUGACUUUGAUGAGUUCCAGACAGAUGCCAGCACCAAAUUAACCCCAAGGGCAGUGCCAGGGGGUCGCACUCCAAGAACAGAGAAAAAAGUAGCUAAGAUGGAAGAUAUAAUGAACUCACUCAGAAAGCAACAUUUACAAAGAUUUGCAGAAAAAGAAGCUAAAAGGAAAGCUUCUUUAGGAAACUCACCAGGGCGAUCAAGGCUGCUGAAUUUCAGGACUGUAGACCCAAAACCAGACAAAACAUUUUCUUCUGGCAGUAAGCCAGAAACACCUAAAAUAACAUUGAAUGAGUCAGCAGCCAUUAAACCGGGUACAUCUCUUUCCAAAGAAAAUGACAGCAUAAUUAAGUCCUCUGUUUCCAAAUCUUUAUUUACUGAGUCAGAAUUCAACACAGAACUAUCUUCUGAUACCAAGUCUUCAGAUCCUGUGGCAGAGAUGGAUAAGCCAUAUAUGGAUAUAAAUAACCUUACUGAUGAGCCUGUAGAUGAAGUUCUAAUGCUAUCAGCUGAAUCUCCUCCAGGCAGCAUACAACCAGUUGUGACUAACCUCAAUGAUCUAAUGGACCCAAAUUCUAUCACAGUGAUAGCAAAGCCCUCAAUGGGAUCUGAUUCAGCCCUCCCAAAUGUUCCCUCUACAGUUCUGAACUUGGAGCCAAUGUCAACAUCAGAUGAAGACCUUGUGCACAAGGACACACCAGCUGUGCAAGACAUUCAACAGGCUAGCCCUCUGCCAGCAGCCGCUGCUCAGACAGAGCACUUAGCUGUUAGGACAAGUGGCAAGGGUGAGUCUCCUGAAACCAGUCCUCCAGUGGUAACUUCACUUUUAACUUUGUCAGUGUCCGACACCUCAGCCAGUCCUGCCAAUGUUACAUUACAAGAGAAUCCAAGUACUGAAGGAAAUGAACAAACAAAUGAUACUUCUAAAUAAAACCUUUUUUUGUUCUGCACAAUUUCUGAUACAGUAUUCUGUUUGAGAUGACUGCUUCCAUUGUUUCAUUAAAAUAGCUAAUUAAUGUAUAGUAGGUUUCAAUCUUGUUUGCUUCAAAGUCCUUACUUAAAGUGACUUUUAUAUCCUGAUACAUUGGCUGUGUUCUACCAACUACUUGAUAUGAUGUUCAUAUGGUAACAUCUCCUGUCAGCCCAAGACUGGGAAAGUAAAGCUCUCCUGUUUCUCGAGCAAGUAAACAACCUUUUACUCCCCUGCACAAUUACAAUCAGAUUGUUUUGCUCAUGGAAAUUUAUGUAGAUACAUGUACUGUAUUUUCAAUUUUAGAAACACGUUUACUACAUAUUUUGUAUUUUAUACGUUCAUUUUUGUGUAUAAAUAUAGCUGAAAUAUUAAAGUAAAAGUUUUGUUUUUUUUAAUUAUUUCACCUAAUAUUUCACCUAAUAUUCUGAAGUGUUCCAAUUUUCUUUGAGCUUCUUGCUAUUGCUAUAGAGCUUCUUGUUACUUUGAAACAGGAAUGUAUUCUCUCCUUCCUUUAUUUGCAGGAUAUACUGAAAUGGGUCUUUCUCUUUCACUACCGAAUAUCUGUAAUGAUCUCCUCUGUUUUCAUUUUCUAAGCAUCUUAUCUAAACAGUCAUGUUAUAACAUAUGGAGACGGUCUGGCUUUGAUCAUUUGUGACUAUUGAGUAAUAUACAUUUUAAUUAGGUAGUCUUAGAAACAGACACCAGUAACUCAUCUGGGUGUAUUGAUUGUCUUUUGAGACAGGGGCCAUAUAUAGUUGUAAUUAAGGUAGAUUCAAUCAGGCUUUAUAUUUUGUUUUAGAUUUUUUUUUU